UUCAGGACUUCGCUUGAGAACGGCCGUAACUCCGCAUCUAAAUUAACCCACGACAAUAUCGAAAAAAUAAUGUUAAAUGAAAUGAAGCAGUCACGGAAGGUUAUUUGGUGUAAAAAUUAUCAAUUUGAAUCGUGAAUAUAGUCAAAUAAGAACCUAUUCAUCGAUCAAAUAUGGCAUCAGGCGAAGAUGCUCUUCGAGGACAAAUUGUGGAGCUGAAAGAAAAAAUUGCGGAUAUCGAGAAAGAAAUGGCACAAUUACGAAAACGCCGAAGAGCAUACAUAGCAAAAUUGAAACUCAUGGAGAAUCAUCUGGAUGGAUAUCACAUAAAGGGAGGCACCGAACAUACAGAGAGCAGCGAUGAAUCGUUCAGCACUACCGAAUUAUUGGAACUUAGCUUAUCGUCAAUUAGUUCCUCAGUACUUGGUAGCAGCGCAUCGCAUAACGAUAAUGAUAGUGAUCAAAAUGAUUCGGAAAGCAACGUGGAGAGUGGCCUACAUGGCCGCUUUCGCUGUAAAGGGAAGCAGAAAAUUGACGAAAAUGAGGAAUGAGGAACUCUAAAAGUGAUCGAGGGAUUGUACAUCAUUUAAAGAAUUAAAAACUCCGGAAUAACUUCACGAAGUACAACACUUAUCACCGGAAAAAUUAAUCAUUAACUUCUUCU